AUGGGCGAUUACGAUCAACGAUACCAGCAAGGUCUUUACCUGUCCCCCAAUCAGCAAGAUCUGUUGCUGGCGGCUCUUUCCUCCAACAAUCCAGACCACAAGAAUCAGACUGGAACUCCCCGGAUUAAGACCAGUCAGAGCCCGGACCAAAAUUCGUCCGGCCUAAGCGCUCCUCCCUCGGGUGGCUUCGAAAACACCCCCCAUGUGAAUGCCUAUGGAUUUGGAGGAGACGAUGAAAGUCCAUUCCUGGACUUCACUCCUGAUGUCGACUUUGAUUUCCCGGGCUCGGCGGACCUCAUUGGCGACUUGCCAGGUUCGGCCGACUAUGAACUGGGUGAGAAGCGCAAGUCCCUGGACGGCAAGUCGGAUAUCGAGGGAGAAGAGUCGGGAAAGAAGCGCCGAGAGAGUGAGGCGAAGAAGCCUGGCAGGAAGCCUUUGACCUCGGAGCCCACUACGAAGCGUAAGGCACAGAACCGUGCUGCCCAGCGAGCGUUCCGCGAACGGAAGGAGAAGCACCUGAAGGAUUUGGAAGACACAGUGGAAAAGCUACAAAAGAACUCCGACACGGCGACUCAGGAGAACGGUUUGUUGCGCGCUCAAGUUGAACGUUUGCAAGUCGAACUCCGUGAGUACCGGAAGCGUUUGUCUUGGAUGGCUUCGGGGACAGGUAACGGUAUCUCGGCCAUCAGCUCAAACUCAAUUCCGAAUGCUCCGUCCAAGGCGUCAUAUGGCGUUCAAAAUAACGAGUUCCUUUUCGAUUUCCCUAAGUUUGGAGACUUGCCCGGCAGUCAUCUUUUCAAUGGACAAGGCAAGGAUCAAAACAAGCACAACUCCAAAUCCAACGAUACCAAUCACCGUGCCCCCGGUGUCUUGGCUCGCGACAGCACAAAUGGCGCUUCCCGACCUUAUGGUGGCUAUGCUUCGUCCAAUAGCGCCAGGUCGGAUGGAACCCCUCAAAGCGCUACUUCUGCCAAAACUCCCUACUCUGGGCUGAAGUCCUCAGCACCGACCCAUGACAACUCUAACUCGGAUUCUCCUUCAUCUUCAUCUGACUCGCACCAAAGCCAGCUGCUCUCGUCUAAUGGCACAUCUCCCGAGCCUAGCUUGAACUCACCCCCAGAUGGCAAGCAGCAUGAAUUGGGACCAGGUGACACCUGCGGAGGACAUCUAACUAUUGAUGGUGAGAAAUCCUUUUGCGCGCAACUGGGCAUGGCCUGCGGCAACAUCAAUAACCCCAUCCCAGCAUUGCGGGAUAGCAAGGGCAAGUCCCACAGUUUCUCGAGUCACCAGGCUCCAGCUGAGACCACAGGUCCAACGGAUGAUAUUCCAGACCUAGGAAUCGACUGGCUGGCCCAUCAAAAUGGUGGCCAGUUUGACCCGGUACUCUUUGGCGACUGGCGUGAACCCCAGGACGCUGUGCUCUCUCAAGACUUUGGCUCAUUCUUUAAUGAUGCCUUCCCUCUGCCAGACCUGGGCAGUCCUUCCCACAACAUCAGCGAAGUCGCUAAAGACGCCGCACCUAAGAGGAGUCUGAUCAGUCAGAUUGACAGUAAGCAAGAGGAGGAUGAAGUUGUUCCAGGAGAAGAUCAGUCGCAGAUGCUCUCGUGUACAAAGAUUUGGGAUCGUCUCCAAUCCAUGGAAAGAUUCCGCAACGGUGAAAUCGACGUCGACAACCUCUGUUCCGAGCUCCGCACCAAGGCACGCUGCUCCGAGGGUGGUGUGGUCGUGAACCAGAAUGACGUUGACGACAUCAUGGGCCGAGCAAAGUAG